GAGUGGCACUAAGAGCAAGCGCACCAAUGGUUGCUAUACUGAACUUUAUUCAUUUUGGCAACUCUCUAUCAUAACUAAGGUUCGCACUAGUGGUUGCUAAAGGUGGUUAUAAAAUAGCAACUGGCAUCUCGGGUAGCAGCACGUUGGUAUAUAUAGCAACCUGCUAGCAACCCACUAUAUGCCAUUGCAAAUUUUCUGUCUUGUUUAUGUUCAUUUUAAAAUUCACUGGCUCGACUUGGUUUGUUUGAACUUUCAAGUUUACCUUUUUAAUUUGAAUAUUAAAUGGAGCCAACGGAAAGAUCAUUGAUGAGUGCAUCGAAGCUUCGUGGUAAAAAUUGGACCAUUGAAAAAGAUGAAGCGUUGUGUAUAGCAUGGCUGAAUGUUUCUACGGAUGUAGUGGUCGGUAUAAAUCAAAAUACUGCAAAUUUGUACAAUCGGAUCUACGAGAAUUUCAUCGAAAUAUGCACAGCUAAAGUUGUUUCAUCUAAUCCGGAACUUCGGGCACCGAAAGGUAUCAAGGCCCGCUGGCAUCAAAUUAAUAAAGCAGUUUGCAAGUUCGCUGGUUGUAUUGCGCAAAUCACCAACCAACAGCAAAGCGGAGCAUCACCUGAAGAUAUUCUUAAGCAAGCAUUGACAUUAUUUGCAUCAACGGAACAUUCAUCAUUCUCGCUAAUGCACUGCUUUAAAAUUCUGGAAAGUGCUCCAAAAUGGCAGCAAUACAAUGUAAAGGUAUUAUUUAAUUCAAACAGCUUAUUACUAUAUUCUCUUUCGCGACUUCGUCUAAUCACUUUAUUACAUUGUAUGACUCAACUAUCACUCUAUGCGGCCCAGUUAAAACGUAAAAAAACGUAA